AAGAAAAAUCUAAAAUAUUACCUCUUGUAGAGAGAAACGCCCCCCCUGCUCAAGUUAUAAAUAUGAUUGAUGUUGAGUUUGGAAAGCUGAUGACCUACGAUGAUUAUCGGAAUUUCCGGGAACAAGUCUACCCUAGAAUGCGAGACAUUGACACACUGAUCGGUGAAAUUCGUGACACAGGUUCCGUAUGGUGCGUGCUGGACAGUCGACGACGUGUGGAAAAGUUUAGUUUCGCAACCAGGGAAAUGAUAAGUUUAUAUAAAAAAUUUCCAGAGGUUGUGGGCAUGGAUUCAACCUACAAAACGAAUAGGGAGGG